AUGGCUCUUUCUAAGAUCGCUGCUCUUACUACCCUUCUGGCUUCGGCCACCAUGGUCGCAGGCCAUGGCUAUGUCUCGAGCAUCGUCGCCAAUGGCAAAACCUACACGGGCUAUCUCGCCAAUGAAUACCCCUACAUGGACAGUCCACCCGACAGCAUUGGCUGGUCCACCACAGCCACCGACCUUGGCUUCGAAGACGGCACUGAGUAUUCCUCCGAGAACAUCAUCUGCCACCGCGACGGUAAAAACGGCGCCAUCUCCGCCGAAGUCAAGGCCGGUUCCGACAUCGAUAUCCAGUGGACCGAGUGGCCAGAGUCCCACCACGGACCGGUCAUCACAUAUCUCGCAUCCUGCGACGGCGACUGCAGCAGCGUCGACAAGACCAAGCUGGAAUUCUUCAAGAUCGAGGCCGUCGGCCUGAUCGAUGGCAGCAAUGUCCCCGGCAGCUGGGCAACUGAUAAGCUGAUCGAUGCCGGAAACCGCUGGACGGUGACUAUUCCGGACUCGAUCGCUGCUGGUAACUAUGUGAUGCGCCAUGAGAUUAUCGCCCUCCACUCGGCUGGUCAAAAGGAUGGGGCGCAGAAUUAUCCCCAGUGCUUGAACUUGAAGGUUACUGGUGGCGGUAGUGCUGAUCCUGAGGGUACCCUCGGUACGAAGCUGUAUACCGAGGAAGAUAAGGGUAUUCUGGUCAACAUCUACUCGACUAUCUCGAACUAUGUUAUGCCCGGUCCGGCUCUGUUCAGUGGUUAA